GUAACUCUUGUGUGUACAGAAGUGAAGAAAAGCCCUAUUUCCGGUUGUUAAUGUUUUCAUAGACGCACGUUUUAAGUUUUACAAAGUCCACCACGAUGCCCCUUGGAAACGGUUGGUUGUUUCCAAGUAAACCCACUUUUACUUGGAAUGUUUCCAGCAGGUUUACAGUUGCGAUGGUUGGAACGUUGAGCAAAUUUUGGUUGGAAUGGUUGAAUACACUCAAUGUGCACAACAGGACACAACUGUAUGAUGCCAUAGAGAACCGUCCAAAAGAACAAGGCCUAGUUACAGUUACUAAUCACCACAGCUGUCUGGACGACCCUAUUCUGUGGGGAAUGCUAAAGAUUCGGUAUGUGAUGGACCAGAGUACGUUACGCUGGACAUUAGCGGCUGAAGAUGUUUGCUUCACCAAGUACUGGCAUGCGCUGUUCUUCAGUCUGGGUAAAACUGUGCCGGUCGUGAGGGGCGCAGGGGUGUAUCAGCGCAGUGUCGAUUACAUGCUGGAAAAGUUGCACCUGGGAGAGUGGGUACACAUGUUCCCGGAAGGUAAAGUUAAUGAAACCCAUCAACAGAUGAGGCUGAAGUGGGGUGUUGGGCGUCUCAUCAGCGAGAGUAACAUCACACCGUUAGUCCUGCCCAUGUUCCAUUUUGGAAUGGAUGAUGUGCUGCCCAACAAGACGCCCUAUAUUCCGCUCAUUAAGAAGAAAGUCACAGUGCUUAUUGGUAAACCCAUCGACUUUCAGGAGGAAUUAGCCAAACUCCGUGAGCUAAAGAAAACGCCUCGAGAGAUACGUAAACGACUGACAGACUUGAUACAAGAGGAGUUGUCGGUGUUGAAGGACAAGGCCCACAUACUUCAUAACCAGCAUAUACACCGGGGAAGAUAGUGUGCGUGUGUGUUUUUGUAGAAUGUGUGUUCAGUAUGUGUGUGUGUGUGUGUGUGUGUGUGUGUUUGAGAAAUGACCAUUCAGAUGAUCACCUCAUCUUCAGUCAGCUUCAUUGAAUUUAUUGACGGGAUUGCGGAUCUGUGUGUGUCCAGAGACCCAUGUUUCGCAGCAGUCUCAUUGCUGGGACCAAAUCAAGUCUGUUACAAUACGGGAGUUUUCACAGUCAUAGCGUUGCGAUUGCUUUAUGAACCAUGGCCCUGUUUCACAAAGCGAUUGUACUGUUACGACUGUCGUAAGUGUAUGUUACUUACGAUGGUUGUAGCAUUAUGAUCGUUUUGUGAAACGGGGCCCAGCAAUCUAGUUUGGGUCCAAUGAGUUUAUUUAGAAAAAUAUUUAUAUUGUUAGUAUUGUCUGUUAUUAAGGUGAAGUAUUCUUACCUCUAAUGUACCAUAAAUAAAAGUGUUGUGAAACAAAUUGUCAUCAUAGUGUGACUAUGGCAAGACAUAAACAUUUUCUCAACUGAAUUGCCUUGAAAACCACAUAUUUCAAUACAGGAAACAACACUUAUGAUGAACAUGCUUAUAAUGAACUGACGGAUAAAACAAACUGCUUUUUCGGUCUCGGAUAUUCGCUGUAUAUCUUAUCAUAUAAAAUUGAUGGAUAUGACGAACAUGCUUAUAGCAAAAUAACGGAUAUGGUGAACUCAGUUUGUGGUCCUGUGUGCACUCUUUCACCGACAAGGUUUAUGUUUAUGAUGAGCUGUUAAUCCCUGAGCUGGGUGCACGGGUGGCCCAGUCGUCUAAUGCGCCGCAAUUCGCUGUGCAGAGUUGUGUCCCUUGGGCAUGCCAGAAACCUGUGAUUGUGGGUUCGAAUCCCGGUUCGCCCCGAUUAUGUUUCUAGGU